AGUAUUCUGUACUUGAUUAGUGUUUCAAAAAUGCUUGGAGAAAAGCUAGUUUUUCUUUAGUUUAUUAAUUUUUUUUAAAGAAGUGCUUUUGACUUCUCAUAAGCUUGGCCAAAUGGGCUAUAAUUAUCUCAAUUUCCACCACACUUGGUUGUUUCAUUUGCAGAGUGAGAAGAAAACCUAUGCAACACUUAGCAGGGAUUUUGUGGAGAAGAAUCGAGAGUUAAGGCAACUUCAUGGAGAAGAGCUGCAAGGACUUGGGUUGGAUGAAUUAAUGAAAUUGGAGAAAUUAGUAGAGGGAGGAAUAAGCCGUGUCCUCAAAAUUAAGGUCCUAUAUAUCUACUUAAUUCCCUCCUCUCCUUAUUGGUGGAUUCGAAAUGAGGCCCUGACUGUGAUGGGCAUCCCGAACCAUGAAGGCCCGAGAGACCCCUUAGCAUGUAAUCAUAAGCAUAACUCAUACGCUAUAAAUGUGCGGAAGAUAAAUUGAAAAUGCAAAGGAAAUUUAUAAUACAAAUAGUGUCAACAAAA